AUGGAAGCUCUCUGGCUUCUCUGCUCAAUUAUUACCACAUUCUUCACUUCUCUCACUCUCUCCGUUCUCCUUAUUCUGCGCACUCUCUUCACGCGCAACAGCUUCUACACCAUUUCCUCUUCCUCUAAUGCCGUCUUCCUCUACGAAGGCACUGUCUGGCAUGAACGUCGACGCCCUGUCCACCACUCAUUCUGGUACUCGGUGCGCUAUGCUUUGUUUGACCUCGACCACACGCCCCACGCACCUCCUGACCACCUCUCCGCCGAUGACGCUCGCCAAGUCGCAAAGACCAUCGGACCUGUUUUUCUGCUGACAAUACCUCCGAGUGUGGGAUAUGAACAAAAUCCGCUGAGUUUGUAUUAUUGCUACGACAUGGAUGGGUCUGCUCGCCUUCUCAAGAAAUGCAUUGCUGAGGUAACAAAUACUCCAUGGGGUGAAAGAGUCAUGUUUGUUUUCGAGCCAAACUCAGAUCUAGUGGCAAAGCCAUUGCAUGUCAGCCCUUUUAUGGACAUGCUGGGGAAUUGGAGUAUCAAAGCAAAUGAUCCCACAGACAGUUUAUCUGUGUUUAUUUCAGUUCAGCACCCUGAGCUCGGUGACUAUUUUGUGGCCUCAUUGAAAGCCAAAAGACUCUCCUCAGCGUCUGAUCAUGCUAUGUUCUUCUGGUUGAUGCCACAUAAAGUUGCUUUGUGGAUAUAUUUGCAUGCUUUAAGACUCUGGUGGAAAAAUGUUCAUAUUAUCCAACAUCCUAGAUAUACUAACCCUAGAUAUCGAGAGGAAGCUCUGAUACGUGAUAUGAAACUUAAGUGUAAUCAGGCACUUGAAUGGGACAAGGAUAAAUGUUGGCAAGCUGAUGGACAUCAUACAACAAAAUUGGCUGAUAGAAAACGUUGGUUCAAGUGGAGAGAUGCCAAAUGGCCUUGGCAUUGA